GGGUUAAAAAAACGCGCAUCAUGGUCGCCGGUGAGCUCGUGCAGGAGCAUCGUACCGGCUCACCUGACGACAUCACGGUCGGCAGGAAGAGUCCUGAUCAUCUGCAGGGAGCAACCGAGAGAUGCACGGAGCAGACAUGCGGAGAGGAGCUAACAGGCGGGGCGGGGGACACGCUCGAGCUGCAGACUGAGCCGCCGGAGAAGGAGAAGGCACCGCCGGAGGAGACAGAUGCAAUGCUGCCCAACGGAGCCGGAGGAGGAGGAGGAGGAGAGGCUGGGAAGGAGGAAGGUAAGCGGCUGGAGACGAGGCUAUACUGGAGCAGGUUCUCUGUGCUGGCCGUGUUCAGCUUGUACUCUCUGGUGAAUGCCUUCCAGUGGAUCCAGUACAGCAUCAUCACCAAUGUGUUCAUGUACUAUUACGAUGUGACGAGUGAACAGGUGAACUGGCUCUCCAUCGUCUACAUGAUCGCCUAUGUGCCGCUCAUCUUCCCGGCAACCUGGCUGCUGGACAGGAAGGGUUUGCGGCUUACGGCCCUGCUGGGUGCCGGCCUCAACUGCGCCGGCGCCUGGCUCAAGUGCGCCAGCGUGCGCCCGGAGCUGUUCGGCGUCACCGUCACUGCGCAGGUCAUCUGCUCCGUGGCGCAGGUGUUCAUCCUCGGCUUGCCGUCGCGCAUCGCCUCGGUGUGGUUUGGACCCAGGGAGGUUUCCACAGCGUGCGCCACAGCGGUGCUUGGGAACCAGUUGGGGACGGCCAUCGGCUUCCUGUUACCUCCCGUUCUGGUUCCCAACACGCCCACAGACCUUGAACAGACCGGUCACAACAUCAGCAUCAUGUUCUACGGCACCGCUGCUGUUUCCACCGGCCUCUUCAUCCUCACAUUACUGGUCAUUAAGGACCGGCCGCCCCUCCCUCCCAGUCAGGCCCAGGCCGUCCUACCAGACUCUCCUCCUGAGGAUUACUCCUACAAGAAGUCCAUCGUCAACCUUGUAAAGAAUAAAGCCUUUGUUCUACUGCUCGUCAGCUACGGUAUAAUGACCGGCUCCUUCUACUCUGUCUCAACACUUCUCAGCCAGAUGAUCACGGCCCACUACGAGAACCAGGACUUAAACGCUGGGAGAAUUGGUUUGACCCUGGUCGUCGCUGGGAUGGUCGGCUCCAUCCUCUGUGGCCUGUGGCUGGACCACACGAAGACCUAUAAAAUGACCACUCUGAUCGUGUACAUCCUGUCCUUUCUGGGCAUGGUGGUCUUCAGCUUCACUCUGAACCUCGACAUCUACCUGGUCUUCUUCACCGCUGGAGUGCUGGGGUUCUUCAUGACGGGUUACCUGCCUCUGGGGUUUGAGUUCGGAGUGGAGAUCACCUAUCCUGAGUCUGAAGGAACGUCGUCUGGGCUCCUCAAUGCUUUCGCUCAGAUAUUCGGGAUCAUUUUCACUUUAAUUCAGGGCAAACUGACCACAGACUACAAUCCACUGGUGGGAAACGUCUUCCUCUGUGCUUGGAUCUUCUUGGGAAUACUGCUCACUGCCUUAAUUAAGUCAGACCUGAAAAGACACAACAUCAACAUGGGAGCAAACACAAACCACCAAGCACUCCUCACCGAGUGUCCCGGGGAAUGCCCUUCAGAGAACAAGACCAACGGAGUCCAGCUGGAAUCCUCCGUCAGCUUCUCCCAUGAAACCUCAUUGUAA